AUGUCGACUCGCAAUAACUCUCAAGCAGUAUCGAAUUUAGCAGCUGCUAUGGCAUUGAUUAUAUUUGCCGUAAAUCUAGCUGAUAUUGUUAAAGAAGUAAGAUAUAUACAUAAUGCUAACUUCAAUAUAUACGAAAUUUAUAAUGAUAUAAGUGUACCUUCUAGUAAUAAUAGCAAUAUCACUAAUAUCAUUGAUCGUCUCCCAAGAAUUCUUAGCUAA